UCACGAUAUGCAUGCAGCCAGCCAGCCAACCACAUUCUCCAGGAUCCAGAUUUUAUUGCAGUAGACCUUGCAUUAGCAUCUGCGUCUAGUCAAUGCCGCAUUCUAAGUCUGACAAGUCCGACAGCACACAUUGGAGAAUAUAUCAUGUACUAAAAUGUAGCAAAUCCCGGUCUCCGCACCUUCCCUCGUCCAUUUGGGCCUUGUGUGAUAUGGCACCCGCUAUGAUGAUCUAAGGAUUCUCGCUUUUUCAAAUCACCAAGAUUGACUUGCACUAUCAACAUUGACUGGACGGUUUCAAACGUCUUUCUCUUUGAAUCUACAAUAUUUUUCUGAUACUCUGGCACACAUCAUGUUCGCUGCUAACAUCAUAUCAUACUUAGCCAAGUUGGAGCCACCCCGAUGGAUCUGGGCGCCCAUUCUAGCAGCAGUUUUCUUCUGGCUUCUAAGCGCCCCGUCCCUCAAGACAUCCCUUCCUGUAAUCAACCAAAGACGGCGAUUUGAGAUCGGAAGCCUGGGAUCUUUAAAGCGGUUCUUCAAGGAUGCACAUGGCUUGGUCAGGGCUGGACUCAGUCAGGGCAGCGCCUUUUACCUCUAUUCGGAAUUCGGGCCGAAGAUCGUGCUCGCUUCAAAAUAUGCAGAUGACUUCCGGAGCCAUCAUGCAUUAAGCUUGCUGGAUGCUGUGGCAGAAGAAUACCACGCCCAUAUUCGAGGCUUUGAUCCUUUCAACCGGGACCCGGCUAUCAUCAUAGAUAUGGUGCGCAUGAAAUUGACACCAUAUCUGGAUAGCUUAGCUCGGCCAUUGUCUGAAGAGACCGGUCGUGCGUUAGGGGAGUUGUUCACAGACGAUCCCGACUGGCAUGACUUAGAACUAAAGCCCAACAUGCUCGAUCUAAUCUCCAGACUGACAUCGAGAGUGUUCCUCGGGGAGAAGCUAUAUCGCAACCCGGACUGGCACCGCGUCACAGCUGGUUACGCCGUCCACACAUUCAUGUCAGCUCUAUUUCUCCGGAUGUUCCCACGAUGCACCCGACCCUUUGUGGCCAACUUGCUACCAUUCUGCCGCAAGAUGCGCAAGGAGCUCCAAGCAGCAAAAGACAUCAUCACCCCGGUCGUCGAAGAAAGACGGACCGCCAAGCAAGACGCCAUCCGUCAAGGAAAGGAGCCCGAGCGCUACGUUGACGCCAUGCAGUGGAUGGAGGAAUGCGCAAAAGGCCGUCCUUACGACCCGACCCUUGCUCAGAUAUCACUCACACUCGCAACUAUACAUACUACAUCGGACCUGCUUACACAGACACUCUUCUACCUCGCGGAAAGGGACGAAAUCAUCGUGGCGCUACGAAACGAAGUAAUCACAGUUCUGCAAGGGGAUGGAUGGUCCAAGUCCACUUUCAACAAUCUGAAGCUCAUGGAUAGCAUCUUAAAGGAAAGCCAACGGCUAAAACCGCACAAUAUGGUCGCAAUGAGACGCUUCGCACAAGAAGACGUGACCCUCUCCGACGGAACCGUCCUCCCCAAAGGAUCGAUCUCAGUCCUCACCACUGAGGCCAUGCGCGACCCUAACAUCUACCCAGACCCGGAGACAUUCGACGCAUACCGGUUUCUAAAACUGCGCGAGACGCCCGGCUACGAGACGAUGGCGCAGGCAGUUUCGACUACGCCUCAGCAUUUGGGUUUCGGGUUGGGAAAGCAUGCUUGUCCUGGGCGAUUCUUUGCGAUCGCAUUGCUUAAAAUCAUUCUGUGUCAUAUUCUUCUGGAGUAUGAGUUUAAGAUCGCUGAUGGGUGGAGCCCGACAGUGAGGAAGUACGGGUUCAUAUGGCAGGCGGAUCCGGUGGCGAAGGUGUCUGUUCGGAGAAGGAAGGAGGAGUUUACUAUCUUGUGAGUUGGGUGAACAGGGAAUGAGUGAGUGGG